AUGGAGUUUGAAUUUUUUGACAUUUCUAAAAUUGCUACUCCUAACAAAAUUUCACCAUCAAAACUUUUAGACCCUGACGAAUAUCUCGAAGAUGAUGAUAUAGAAGAAAACCUAAAAGAUUUCACAGUUAUUACCAAAGCCACUCCCUUUGCAGUUGCUAAUCAUAUCAAGUUUAUAUUUAAAGAAAAGAACAACAGCAAAAUUAUUCUCGCUGUCAAUAAUGUUUUUGCUCAAAAUAACGAUUUUGAUGAGUUUUAG